CACGAGAGUCCAGAAGAAGAGCCGCACAUCCUGCUGGAGUGCGACGGCGGCGUGCUGGACGCCAUACAAAAACAUAUGAAACUGUACAAGAUCCGGAGGAAAGUCAACAUCGCCCCUUGCCUUGACCUGUCUUUGUGGGCUGUUGUCCCCGGGGAGCGGGCUGGAGACAUUGCCAGUUCCCUCACUAAAUGUGCAGACCAGGCUCUGAUUUUAACUCCUGACCCCAGAACAGAAGUCAUGGGCUGGAGACUGAUUACAAAGAAAGGGGUAAAUCUGUCGGAGAUUAUCCCUGGGAGUCGUAUUGGAAACAUUCAGGAUUACCACAGGCACAGGUACAAACAAGGAGUUCCCGAAGGUGUGAAAGAUCUCCCUCCUGGAGUAGCCCUCCCGCUGGAAUCAAACCUGGCCUACAUGAACGGCAUCAGCUUUACCAAAGGCUGUUACAUUGGGCAGGAGCUGACAGCCAGGACCCACCACAUGGGUGUCAUUCGCAAACGUCUGCUGCCAGUCCACUUCUCAGCUCCUCUUCCCAAGGACAGCAUUCCCGAGGGUGCCGAGAUCUCAACUGAAUCGGGAAAGUCGGCUGGCAAGUUCCGGGCUGGAGGAGGUGAACUUGGUAUAGCUUUGCUGAGGUUUGAGAUUGGUAACAAAGUCUUUCUGCUGGAAAAAUAAAUGAAACUGCAGUGCUUCACCCUUUCUGGAUCCUCCGAACGCGACAAAGGCGAGGCUGUGCUGCCCGCGUUGAUGCCGCUUUGCCAGAAGCAGCUUUUCCUCUGCCACCCAUUGUGCAAAGCCUCCUCAGAAUAGUUAUAUUGUACUGGUAAGCGCACAGCCUGAAUAAACACUACGUUCCUUCUG